ACAAGGAGAACGCUGAAAUAUGCCUUACGCAAAUCAGCCCACUGUGCAGAUAUCUCAACUAACGGAUGAGAAUAUCAAAUUUGUCAUAGAAGAUACAGAUCUCAGUGUUUGCAAUGGUAUAAGAAGAGUAUGCAUAGCAGAGGUACCCACAAUAGCCAUAGACUGGGUACAGAUAGAAGCCAACUCUACAGUCCUGUUUGAUGAGUUCAUUGCCCAUCGUAUUGGUCUUAUCCCACUGACCAGUGAUGAGAUGGUUGACAGAAUGCAGUACUCUAGGGACUGUACCUGUGAGGAAUUUUGUCCUGAUUGUUCUGUGGAGUUUAACUUGGAGGUAAAAUGUACAGAUGACCGAACAUGUCAUGUGACCAGUGCUGAUCUGAUUUCAAGUAACCCCAAAGUUGUUCCAGUGACAUCGAGACAUAAAGAAGAAGCCAGUGAAUAUGAAGACACAGACGAUAUUCUGAUUGUCAAACUGAGGAAAGGCCAGGAACUGAAAGUGAAAGCAUUUGCGAGAAAAGGAUUUGCCAAAGAGCAUGCUAAAUGGAACCCCACUGCUGGAGUUUCCUUCGAAUAUGAUCCAGACAAUUCAUUGCGCCACACAACUUUCCCCAAACCAGAAGAAUGGCCCAAGAGUGAAUUCUCAGAACUAGAUGAAGACACACAUGAAGCUCCCUUCAAUCAGACUGGAAAACCAAACAAAUUCUUCUUAAAUGUGGAGGCUUGUGGGUCAUUACGACCAGAAAACAUUGUGUUCUCAGGACUUGGUGUGUUAAAGAAGAAGCUCAGUGACUUACAAACACAGCUAAGUCAUGAAAUUCAAACAGAUGUGCUGGCGGUUUGAUGGGAUCACAUACUCUAUAGGAAAACUGAUGAUGUCAUAUAAGCUGUUUGAGGACUGUUCCAUGUUUUUCUCACUUUAAUUAAGUUGGCAGUUUAAGAUGGAGCUUGAUGAAUGCAUGUGAAAUGUUGGUUCAUUAUGAUGUUAUAAUGGUAACUGUUUAUUGUCAUCACUACAUAUAUCAGAUAGGUGACGGAUGUAGAUCAGUAAUACACUGUAUCUAGUGUACUUGUCAGCAGUGUAAGUCACAGAUGAACAAAGUCAUCUUUAUUUAAGUUAACAUGCACAAAAACAGUCUAUUAACAAGUUAUUGGUUUCUUUGUUAGAAAUCAUUGUUUUAAGAUAUGAAAAAUGAAGACUUCAUUCAAAACAAUUUUCUGAAAUUGAGUGUAGAGGUGAAAAAGUUCUUUCUACCAAUUAAAAACUUACAAUAUUAAUCUUAAUACUGUGUCAUAGAAAUUCUGAUAGAAAAAUUUAUGUUUAGUUUUACUCUGUUUUAAUGAAAAUCUGUUUUCUUUUGACAAAAAAAUAUAGAAAUGCAGAUGUCCUGUAAAGACAUUCUGGUUAUUGAUUAACCUCGUGAUGUAUACAACAAAACUAUUUCAUGUAAAUACCAUACAGUAACCUAGAUGCAACCUUUGGUAAAUAUCAAUUGUAAAUUCUUCAUUAGAAUUUGUACUUUGGUAGAUUUUAUGACAGGAAGAUAAUUUUCACAGUGUUUGUCAUGUUAGAACUGUUUUAGUUUGACAAGAAGAUCAUUUUCAGUGUUUGGAACUGUUUUAGUACAAAAGUAAGAUCAUUUUCACUGUGUUUGGAACUGUUUUUGUAUAGUGCAAUUUCUCCAAACUGUUCAUACAUAGGACAUGAAUGUUUGGCUGGUUUAGGAGGGUUCGGCUUGCAGCAUUGAACAAAAUAUACCGUUCUGGACUCUAAAUAUAGCUCAGAACAUUUCAGUACAUGUCUAUUUAAAGGUUAAAAAACUUCAUAGUAUAAAGAUAUUUUGAUGAAGUGAAAAAUAAACAAUGAUACUUGUGUAGAAUAUAUGACUUUCAUUCAUAAAAAAGCUGCAUAUUUCCUGGCAUUGCACAGAACUUGGCCUAACUUAAACUAAGCAAAACACAUGUCCAGAAUCAACUUAUCUUGGUUGGUUUGUCUGAAAGUGUUUACAACCAAAAUAUUUAAUGAAUAGGUGUUUCAUUAACCAGUGUAGCAAUAUUGUGUUUUAAAACAAUAUUCCAUUCCAUUGUUUCCAUUUUGUACAUAUUAACGUACCUGGUAACAUAUUCCAUCACCUGUAAAUAAGAUGCCAAACUGGUGUCUAGCUCUGUUUAAUUAUUUAUUUGCUUUUUUAUGUAGCUCUGAUUUGGGGAAACAACUCCUUCAUUUUGUCAUUUGUGAUAAUAAUGUAUAAUGUUUAUUAUAAUUCUCCUGAUCAGGAUAGGUAUUAUGUACAAAGCCUACCUAAGACCGAUAUGCAUUGGGCUCAAAGCUUAUGACUGUGGUCACAGGUUUGAUUUCACAGUCCGCUGGUCGGACCUUUGGUCUUGAUCUCUCAGGUGAGGCCAGUUUACAGAAGUAAUUUUCAGUAUAUUUCACACAUAUCGGCUACAAAACCAUUUCUGUAAUCAGAAUUUAGAGGGAUAUGUAUUGGGAAUUUUAUUUAUGUAAUAAAAAUAAUUCCAAACAUCACCUUUUUGUUCAUUUUCAAGGGGUGAUCAGUCCUGAGAAGGAUCUGUUUGGAGAAGUUGCACUGAACUGUAAAGUCAUGUAUUCAUGUACCAUUCACAGGUUUUAUGUGUGAGAAAUAUAGAAACAUGAUGGAACAUUCAAUGUCUAAAAUAAAAAUAUGGAAAUACA